GGGCGUAAUUGUAUAUUCAAAGUAAGUGGUGAGUUUCUAAGUCCAGUCUGUGUUUUGGGUACAUAUAUCCAUUGUCCUUCAAAGUCACGUGACCACCUGGCAAUCCACCCCACGCCAGAUCAAUACAUGUUUCCUUGAAAUUGUUUAAGAGUGCUACAUUUUUGCCGGUACCCAAAAGCGUUGAACUUGAUGGUGUUUCCAAGCUAUCCAAGUAAAUUUUAAAAUGUUGUAAAAAGCAUAGAAUCCUAUUUAGGGCUACUCCUCAGAAACUUGGAAGAGCAAAGGACCGCCUUACCACCCCCCCGGGAUUCGGCUAUCUACCCCAACUUUGAUCUCGUCUCUGACUGGGUCCAGUAGCAUACAAGUCUACCUAGGAUAGGGUAGUAAACCAUGAGGAUCGUCAUCAUUUCCGAACACAUGGGGUAGAACGGGGUCGCUACCCCACAACACUCGUGGGCAGAUAGACCGAAAUACACCGUGCCUUGAAAUGCCACGCUAAUGCCGCAUAGCCAAGGGCCACAAGCUUCACCGUCACGACUUUAGCCUAAAUACAAUGUCUUGUUAAUUAACCUGGCUCUUGGAGAAAAAGACCUCCAAUUUCCCCUGAUGGGGGAAGCUGCCAUGUAUAAACAAGGCGAUCCCAACUUUUCUACAUCGCUAGGUUCCCACCCUUAUGCGUGUAUCUGGGACGCGUUCGAACGGGUAAAGCAGAAUGCGUGGCUUUUGGAUUUUAGCUACCCUCGGCCUUGCGGCUGCAGAGGAUGGCCUACAUGGGUGGCUGCGAUAUGCACGAUUGCCUUGUGAUAUUGUCAAACAAGCACAUAUUCCUUCUGCCAUCAUCGCCCUCAACACAACCGAGACAAGCCCUAUUUUUACCGCUGGCCAAGAGUUGCAAAGGGGCAUCAAGGGAAUUCUAGGAAAGGCCCUGACGGUAACGCACGAGGCCAGCGACAGUCCUUCCGUGAUAGUGGGCACCGCCGCUGCCUUCAACGAGUCCGGUAUCACAAUCGAGAUUCCCGAACUCGAGGAGGAUGGCUUCUGGCUUAGCACCACUGGUGAUACGGUCGAGAUUGUCGGCCAGAAUGAACGCGGAGCACUCUACGGUGCAUUCGAGUACUUGUCUAUGCUGGCGCAAGCCAACUUCAACGAAGUCGCCUAUGCUACCAACCCCAGCGCCGCGAUACGAUGGGUGAACCAGUGGGAUAAUAUGGACGGCACCAUCGAACGUGGUUAUGCCGGCCUAUCCAUAUUUUUCAAGGACAACACCACGGUCUCUAACAUGACUCGGAUCACAGAGUACGCCCGUCUCUUAUCCUCGAUCCGCGUCAAUGGUAUCGUUAUCAAUAACGUGAACGCGAACCCCAUCAUCCUCAGCGACGAAAACAUGAAAGGAUUAGGAAGAAUCGCCGACGCUAUGAGACCAUGGGGUGUGAAGCUCGGGAUCUCGCUCAACUUCGCCUCGCCCCAGACGUUCGGCGGACUAGCCAGCUUCGACCCCCUCGCCGAGGAAGUCAUCGCGUGGUGGACGGACACCGUGGAUAAGGUCUACGAGCAUGUGCCAGACCUCGCCGGGUUCCUCGUCAAGGCCAACUCGGAAGGGCAACCGGGGCCGAUCACGUACAACCGGACGCUGGCAGACGGCGCUAACCUAUUCGCCAAGGCGGCCAAGCCACACGGCGGCAUCGUCAUGUUCCGCGCCUUCGUCUACGACUACCAGAACCUCGACGAGGCCAACUGGAAGGACGACCGCGCCAACGCUGCCGCCGACUACUUCCGCGACCUCGACGGCGCCUUCGACGACAACGUCAUCGUCCAGGUCAAGUACGGGCCCAUCGACUUCCAGGUGCGCGAGCCCGCCUCGCCACUCUUCGCGCACCUCAAGGAGACACCGUCUGCCAUCGAGCUGCAGAUCGCGCAGGAGUACCUCGGCCAGCAGUGCCAUCUGGUGUACCUACCGCCCCUGUGGAAGACGGUGCUGGACUUCGACCUGCGCGUCGACGGCGAGAAGUCCGUGAUCGGGACGGACAUCCUGUCGGGCAAGCGGCUCAACAAGAAGGGGCUUACGGGGUAUGCGGGGGUUGUAAAUGUUGGCUUGAACACGACGUGGCUGGGCACGCACCUUGCCAUGUCGAAUCUGUACGCGUACGGGCGGCUGGCGUGGGACCCCACGGACAACGAAGUGUCGCUGUUGGAGGACUGGACGCGGCUGACCUUUGGCCUGGACGACACGGUGCGCGAGGUCAUCACCCGCAUGUCGAUGGAGUCGUGGCCCGCGUACGAGAACUACACGGGGAACCUGGGGAUCCAGACGUUGACGGAUAUCACGGGCCCGCACUACGGGCCUAACCCGCAGAGCAUGGACAACAACCCGUGGGGCCAGUGGACACGGGCCGACGCAGAUAGCAUCGGCAUGGACCGCACAGUUGGGAAUGGCACGGGGUUCGCGGGGCAGUACCCGGAGGAGGUGGCCUCCGCGUUCGAGGAGAUCGAGACGACGCCUGAUGAUCUGUUGUUGUGGUUCCACCACGUGCCGUAUACGCAUGUGCUGAAGAACGGGAAGACAGUCAUUCAGCAUUUCUACGACGCGCACUACGCCGGCGCCGAAACAGCCGCCACCUUCCCACAGCAAUGGGCCCAGCUGCAAGGGCUGAUCGACCAGCAGCGGUACGAGGAGAUGCUGUUCCGACUCACCUACCAAGCCGGGCACGCAAUCGUCUGGCGCGACUCGAUCGCGCAGUUCUACCACAACAUAUCGGGCAUCCCCGACGCCGCUGGCCGCGUAGGCCACCACCCCUGGCGCAUCGAGGCCGAGGCCAUGACACUGCUAAACGGCGGGUACCGCGUGACAGAGGUGACGCCCUUCGAAGUAGCCUCCGGCCUGCACGUCAUCCAGACCACCUCCAACUCAACCCCCGCCAGCGUCACCACCACCCUGCGCUUCCCCGCCGGCGUCUACGACCUCGCCGUCGCGUACUACGAUCUCUACGAGGGGCAGGCACAGUACGAGCUUUUCCUGAACAACGCGAGCGUCGGCGCGUGGAAAGGAGAUAACGAGGAUAAGUUGGGUUUCACGCUGACGAGGGGCAUUGAUGGACACUCGGCUACGCGGAUCACGUUUAAGGGCGUGCAGAUUGGUGAGGGCGAUGUUGUGAGGAUUGAUUCGAGGCCGGAUGGGAGGGAGACGGCGCCGUUGGAUUAUUUGGCGGUGUUGCCGGCGGGGGUGGUGGAUUGAUUAGCUAUUUGGUUGAUUGGGGGAGUGGUGGAUGAGUGAGUAAGUUUAUCUAAUACUACCAGGUAUAUCUAUGUAUAUUCCAUUGAGUGUUAUCGUACUACAUAGUGU